CAUCAAUCAUCAUCAUGGCCAAUCCCUUUCUCAUGGACGACGACCUGGAUGGCGGCGAUAUGGCUGCCAAUCCCUUUCUCAUGCAAUCCGAACCCGAUGAUUCCAGCACAGAUAAUCCCUUUGGUUCAGCUGCCGGAGCUUCUGCAGCUGGCGCCUCGAAUCCCUUUGCCUUUGGUGGCGAUGAUCUUGACCAGGAGGCGGAACCCGAAGCCGCGGAAGCGGAGGCAGCACCACUCAAUGACCUCGAUCCGGCAAUGAGUUUCUUUGGCACCACCAUCGAGGCAGAAGAUGAUGCUCUUAGCCUGAAAUCCGCAGCCGGAGAGGAAGAUCCUACCCAAAACCAAGCUCAUUCACACCCGCCACCACCGCCGCGUCCACAGGCGCCGCCCCAGAGUACCCAGGAUCUAAUUAGCACGGUUUCCAGUCAACUGGAGGAGACCAGCUCAGAGCUGCUGGGACGAAUACCAGCCACACGUUCACCCAGUCCCGUCUCCAUGCGGGAUUUACAUUCGCCCAGCCCCACACCGGACUCUGGCCUGGCAGAUCUACUCGAUGUCUCCAUGGAUAGUGGCUCCAGUGCCCAGGGUGGCGGUGUUGUUGAAACCGAUCUAAUGGGUGGCAAUGCCAAUGGCAUUGUGACACCCCUGGACAACCCAUUUGCGGUGCCAACGGCUUUGCCCAAUAUUCAGGCAGCAACACCAAUGCCAGCAUCGCCAGUGAAGCAACCACCACGUCCGCCACCGCCACGGCCAGCACCGCCACGUCCCUCGCCACCGGGACAACAGGCGGCACCACAACGACCACCGCCACCACAUCCAGUGGCACCAGCACCCGCUCCUGCUCCCGCUGCCGCUGCCGAAGCAGAUGAUCUGCUGGACAUGUUUGGCACCACGAGCAGCAAGCCGGCCAAGCCACCGCCACCCAAAACAAAGGAGGAUAUACUCAGUCUCUUUGAGCAGCCAGCGGCACCGCCGGCCCCAAAGCCGGAUCUACUGCAUGAUGAUCUGCCCGAGGUUAAAAUGUCGCCGGAAAAGGAACCAUCACAAGCGGCGGCCACAGAUGAAGCAAUCGAUGAGGAGAAUCCCGAUGGCACUGGUUCCAGGGAUGAACCCAUCUUCACUUCGCUGCUAACACGACCGGAUGAGAGCACCCACGACAUCACCUCACAACCGCAGGCGGCCACCGGAUUGGAGAGACAAGGAAAUCACAUGACAGCGCCACCGGAAACGGCCAGCAGACAGCGAGCACCAACGCCGGAUAUAGAGAUAACCACGGUGGAGGAUCUUCCACGAUCGGAUGAUGAGGAUGAGCCGGAGGUUAAGGCAGAACUAGUGUCGGAGCCAGAACCAGAGACAGAGCCCGAGCCGGAGAUUAUAGCUGAACCGGAAGUGGCUGCUUUCGAACCGGAAGCGGAAGUGGUAUCGGAAAUCCAACCGGAACCCGAGCAAAUGGACACAGGACUGGAUUUCCCCAUGGCCAGCGGUCAACUAUCCGCCAAUCCCUUUGCCAGUCCCGAGGAGGAAGAGGAGCCCGCAUUCGCACCAGUCCCUGCGGUUGUGGGUAAUAUAUUCUCGGUGGAUCCGGAACCGGAAAUGGAGCCGGUGGCCGAUGUGGAGCCACCGCCAGUGGCGGCCUCGUAUGCGAGCAACAUUUUUGCCGUGGAACCGCAGCCUGCCGAUGAGUUCGAUGCCUUCUCGGCCAAGUUUGAUUCGGUGAAGAAGGACAAUAUCAGUAUCCUGGAUGGUUUUGGCGGAUCGGGAGCCAUAACGCCCACGGGCGGAGAUGCUUGGGGCGACAGUGCCUUUGGCUCGGCUCCCAUCUCGGCCAGCGCCUUUGGUGAUGCUGGCACCUCGGCGGACGAUGGCUUCGGGAACGAGGACGAUGACUUCUAUGCCAUGCAGGCGCCUGCCCGUGCCGAUUCUGUGGAAUCGGUGGACAAGGAAUUCAGUGUGGUCAUACGACCCAAGGCCGAGGGUGCCGGUGGUGCGGCACCUCAACUGGCACCGCCACCAGUGCCACCGGCAAGGACUACAAUCACUGGCACAUCCUCCACAUCGCCACCGGGUUCGGCAACGGUGAAUCCCUUCGAGGAUGUUAGCGGUUUCCCAGCACCAGGUGGUCCCCCGCCAGGUGAGGGUUCGGUGACGAGCAUCAAACGCACCGACUCUCAGGAUACACCACAGACGCCGCUCUACGAUGAGGAUGUAUCCCAGCCGCUGGAGGAAUUCCCUCGCCUGCAUUACAUCGGUCCCGGCUGGGAAAUGCAAUUGCGUCAACCGAAUAAGAAGAAAAUCACCGGACAACGAUUCUGGAAGAAGAUCUUUGUCCGUUUGGUGGUGCAAAAUGAUGUGCCGGUGGUGCAAUUGCUCAAUCAGGCCGGUGACAAGCAACCCUUCCAGGAGCUGCCCCUGCAACCCUCCUAUUCCGUAUCAGAGAUUGGGGCCCAGCAAUACGAUCAAUUUGGGAAAAUCUUCACGAUGAAGCUGCAAUAUAUCUUCUACAAGGAACGACCUGGUGUGAGGCCCGGUCAGGUGACCAAAGCCGAAAGGAUUACCAAUAAGCUAACCAAAUUCGCACAAUAUGCCAUCGCUGGCGACUACGAGGGUGUCAAGGAGUUUGGCAGCGAUCUCAAGAAGCUCGGUCUGCCCGUGGAGCAUGCUCCACAAUCGUCGCAACUCUUCAAGAUCGGUUCCAUGACCUACGAGGAUAUGAAACAAUUCUCCGUAUGCAUAGAGGAGGCACUCUUCAAGCUACCCGCCUUGCGGGAACGAGCCUUGACCUACAAAAUGGAAGAGGUACAGGUGACGGCAGUGGAUGAGAUAACCGUGGAGCAGGAUAGUGAGGGAAAGAUCUUGAAACAAAUAGCACGAGUGCGUCUAUUCUUUUUGGCCUUCCUCACCGGCAUGCCGACCAUAGAGCUGGGCGUGAAUGAUAUGUGGCGACAGGGUAAGGAAGUAGUGGGUCGUCAUGAUAUUAUACCGGUGGCCACCGAGGAAUGGAUACGACUGGAGGCAGUGGAAUUUCACAGUGUUGUCAAUCAGCAGGAAUAUGAACGGACGCGCACUAUUAAAUUCCAACCGCCUGAUGCCAACUAUAUAGAACUGUUGCGCUUCCGCGUUCGUCCGCCCAAGAAUCGUGAACUUCCGCUCCAACUGAAGGCCACCUGGUGUGUAACUGGCAAUAAAGUUGAGCUACGUGCCGAUAUCCUUGUGCCUGGUUUCACCUCCCGGAAGCUGGGACAAAUACCCUGCGAAGAUGUCUCUGUGCGCUUUCCCAUACCCGAAUGUUGGAUCUAUCUGUUCCGUGUGGAGAAGCAUUUCAGAUAUGGUUCAGUAAAGUCAGCACAUCGGCGUACAGGGAAAAUCAAGGGCAUCGAACGUAUCCUUGGAGCUGUGGACACGCUGCAGGAGUCACUGAUCGAGGUGACCUCCGGUCAGGCCAAGUAUGAGCAUCAUCAUCGAGCCAUUGUCUGGCGAUGUCCACGUUUGCCCAAAGAGGGUCAGGGUGCUUAUACCACCCAUCAGCUGGUCUGCCGAAUGGCUCUUACCUCGUACGAUCAAAUACCCAGCGAAUUGGCGCCAUACGCAUUCGUGGAGUUCACUAUGCCCGCCACGCAGGUCUCGCAUACCACCGUGCGCUCCGUGAGUGUCCAGGAUUCGGAUGCCGAUGAGCCGCCAGAGAAAUAUGUCCGAUAUUUGGCACGGCACGAGUACAAGGUUGGCAUCGAGACCACGCACGGCGAGUCCACGAACGCGUACCUGGCGGCAACGCGUCCCAUUCGCGAGGAGACGACGACCAGUUCGGCCCAAAAGCCGACUGCCUCUCCAGUUCCGCCCAGCGAUUCGGAUACAGAUUCCAACUAAGCCAAAAGAAAGAAAAGAUAACCGGAAACCGGAAACUGGAAAAUCAAAUCCCCAAAAAACAGGCGAAAACCGAAUGGCAGGGCAACCCUAAGCGGCUUUCUGUAGAUAUUCCUCGUGCAUGGUUUACCCAAAAAAAGCAAAAAACAAAAAUCGUUCUUGUUAUAUACAUAUUAUAUAUACGCAUAGAUAUAUCUGGCCCCCCUUAAUAUUUACCUACCUAACUAUAUAUAUAUAUAUAUAUAUUAAUUUAUAUAUAUAUUUUCAUGUGCGUCUGCCGAUAUUUUCCCUCUAGCUUGUGCAGCGUGUUCAUCGCUUCAAAGUUAAGUAAAGAUUAGUUGACAAUAAUGUUAAGAGCAGCGGCUGAAGAUACGAUGAUGAACGAUGAACGAUAAACGAUACUGAUAACUGAUAAUCGAUCAAUGAAGAGGCUAAAUGAUGAUGAACACUGUGUAAAAAGCCAAAAAGGAGGUGGAGAGCUGAUGGGCGGCACACAAAACGUCAACUGGAGGAACUGGAUAUGUUAGCUAGAACAUCAUACAUAUUUAUAUAUAUACAUAUAUAUAUCCACUGAUCUGAACCCCUAAUCACAACAACACCUAAACUAGCCUAAAUUUAAACUGAACUAAACUGCGUUACUUGUAGCCAUACGAUCACGUUAAUGUUAAUCAAUAUCAGACCAGAAAUCGUACGUAAAGUCAACCCAUACAUAUGCAUAGGGAUAAUGGUUAUAAUCACACACUAAAACCAACACUAAACGAUAUAUAUAUACAUAUAUACUCUAUAUACGCCGAUGUAAUCUGAUCUGAGGUAGGGAUUAAGCCACAAGUGACAAGCAAUUUCGCCAUACAUACCCAUACAUCGUUCUUAACUACGUUUAAGUGAGCGGAAGCAGAAGAGUGUUGGUAAAUGCCCCCUUUAACGCCUACUCCCCUCCUCCUACACUCGGAAAAAAAACAAACGAAAGCUCAACACUGGAGGGCACACGCACACACACACAAACACACAUCUAGCCUGAGACAAGGAUGGAAACGAGCUGCCCAGCUUCACAUAGGGUUAACCAACACUGGACGUAACAGGAUAAGGUGCCCAGCUUCACAUGGGUCUAACCAACACUGACAACGCAAGCUGCCAGCUUUAACCAACACUGGAGGACAGGCACCUAAAUAGCAAAAAUUGCGAAUUGCGAACUGCGACUAUCCAUAGCCACAUCAGAUAUACACUUUAAGCUUUACGUAUACCAUUGAUUUAACAAUAAAUUUAAAGCUGAAACUUCAGAAAACUCCAGCGUGGGAAGAAAUGGAAAAAGCGGAAACGGAAAUGGAAAAGCAUAUUCAAAUGUUAUUGUUGUGAAUCAAAUUUAAAUUAUAUUCAAAUUAAAAACUUUAAAAGAAAGCGAUAAAAGAAAAAAAAAGUAAAAUCAUAUAGGCAAAUCAUCUUUGUUGAAGCAAAAGUAAUUAAAAGAAAAAAGUAAAUACAUUAAAUGGGAGAUGUAAUAAACGAAAGCUAAACUAAAACAAAGAUAUUCAUAAACUAUAUGCCACACGUAUUUGAUUGAUUGAUUGAUUGAGUUAACUAGCAAGAUUGCAUAUAAAUAGAUUUGUUAAUUGAGUGUUAAACAUGAAUAUAUAUAUAUAUAUAUAUAUAUGUAUAUUCCACUCUCAGCCUCUGUUCGAUAACCCAAAAAUUCUAUCGAUAAACGUUAAUCCAAAGCCCCCAAGUCCAACCAUUGCCAUUCCACACACACUGAAAGAAAAAACAACUACUCACGAAUUGAAUUAUAAUAGAGAAUAUGUAUAUUGUAUCCCUAAGAAGUCCCCAGAGCCCUCAUUCAUGUAUUGUAUGUUACAUUAUUUACCUACGUUUAAUUCUACAUAUAUUAUAUAUAUCGUCUAUAACAUAUGUAUUCUAUGUACAAUAAAAAAAAAGAAAAUGAAAAAAAGCCGAAACAA